GUGGAUGAGGGAGAAUCAGGAGCUCCGCUAUUGCUGCUCGCUGCAUAUGUCAUUAGUGUCCUGCUUUAGAGGAACUGCAGUAGACCUGGAGGAAUAUCGAAACCCCCCCAGUGUGAAGGACUCCGCUAGACCGUCCUGAAAUUUGAAAAAUGAGCAAUCAGUUCCAGGAUGAAAUCUCAGAAAGAACAGAAUGUAAAAGUAAAUCUCCAACUUUGCUUUCGUCGUACUGUAUAGAUAGUAUUCUGGGCAGGAGGAGUCCUUGUAAAAUGAGAUUGAUAGGAGCGCAAAGUUUGCAGUCACUGCCCACCAGAGCAGAGCAGGAGAAGAACACCGAAGGUUCACCCAAAGACAGCUUGUCCUUUGACACAGACAUUCAUCUGCCUCCGAAACUACGCCGACUUUAUGGACAGGGGGGGAAAUAUUUGGACUCCAGCAGAGGAUUUAAUGAUCUCGGAGAAAAAGGGGACAGGGACAGAACCCUGGAGCAAACCUGCGAAAACCUGAAAAUCAUUCAGGCACCACAGGUCAGCAUCAGUCGCAGUAAAUCCUAUCGAGAAAAUGCCCCGUUCACACAAAACAUGGGCGACAAAAGUCCCGAGUGCGUACCGGAGGACAGGAUGGAGGUGGAAUCGUUAAAGUUUGAAGAAGAGGCAUUGAAAGAGGAAGUAUGCGGGGAAGUGGACCUUUCGCCCAAAGGAGAAGAGUCCAUUCAAAAUGACGGGGACGUGAAGGACGGGGAAGACAGCGUGUGUUUGUCUGCAGGAAGCGACUCCGAGGAAGGGAUGCUAAAGAGAAAGCAGAGAAGAUACAGGACUACCUUUACUAGUUACCAGCUGGAAGAGCUAGAAAGAGCUUUUCAGAAAACGCACUACCCGGACGUCUUUACCAGAGAAGAGCUGGCAAUGCGGCUAGAUUUAACAGAAGCCCGCGUACAAGUAUGGUUUCAGAACCGCAGAGCCAAAUGGAGAAAACGAGAAAAGGCCGGAGUACAAACUCACCCACCAGGACUGCCUUUCCCCGGACCUUUGGCCACAGCCCACCCUCUAAGCCCCUACCUGGACAGCAGCCCCUUCCCCCCUCACCAUCACACCCUGGAGUCGGCAUGGACCGCUGCCGCCGCCGCCGCUGCUGCCGCCACCUUUCCGGGCCUUCCUCCAGCACCGGGGACGUCUUCUUUACCGCCUGGUGGCGCCCCACUAGGCCUCAGUACCUUUCUGGGGGCAGCCAUGUUCAGACACCCGGCAUUCAUCAGCCCGACUUUUGGCAGACUGUUUUCCACCAUGGCCCCCUUGACUAGUGCUUCCACAGCUGCAGCUUUGCUGAGACAGCCAACACCAGCCGCAGAGAGCACCGUCCAAGCCAGCAGCUUAUCUGACCCAACCUCGGCAGCGGCCGACCGCAGGGCCUCCAGUAUAGCCGCCCUGAGACUUAAAGCAAAGGAGCACUCGGCUCAGCUCACACAACUCAACAUCCUUCCAUCCAACAGCACUGGAAAAGAAGUGUGCUGAGCUCGGCCGGACACAACCAAUAAUGAACAAGACCAAAAUGGAAGACAGAGAGAGAGGAAGAAAAGCAACGUACAGGCCCAGCUUAUUCUGUGCAUACCUGGUGUUACCAAGCUGCUGACUAAAAGUUUAAAAAUAUGGAAAAUGGUUUUCAAUCUUUACUCAAUACUACCUAAUAAUUUAUUAUAAAUAUAUAUAUAGAUAUAUAUAUAUAUAUUCACGUUCAUUUGGUCAUUUUUACAAAAUUAAAUAUAGUACCUGUGUGUUGAAAGAAACGUGUCAGGAUUUAUUGAAGGUGGAUGCCUAUUUUGGACGUAAGAUAUCACUUUUUCCAAGUUCUCUGAAGAAAGUAGGAAAGGUAACUGCAUUGGUCGCAGUGUUGUGAACGCUACUGUAUGUACCUUAUCUGCAGUCACCACCCCGACGAGUCCCCCUCACCACUCGCCCCGCGCCCCUCAGUCAUAUGAAGUCAAUCGGUGUAGGUUAAGUUCUGUAAAUAACAUUUACUUCCAGCUGCUCUUAAAUAACAUUACUUUAAAACAAUUUACUUGAUCGGUGCUGUUACCCAUGGGGGUAAUACAGGUUAUCUUAUGACAAGUGAAGAGUAUUACAUCAAGUCUGAACCGACUUGAAACAUUCAUUUGGACUGAAUACAGGAUUGGAAAUUGCUUUGGCUCUUGGAACACUAUUUAUCGAAGAAACGGUGCACUUAAGUAAUAUGAGUGUUCAUUUCAACCAAGGUUUUAUACCAAAGGAAAUAUACUGCCAGAUUUUGAACUAUUCAAGUCACUUAACUGUGAUUAACAUUUCUGUACAUAAUAUUGUAAUUAAGCAUCAAAAAUCGCAAAAGAGAGGUUUGUAUAUUUGAAAUGUUAUAAAAAAAAAA